CCGCAACAAGCAAGGAAAAGCAGAGGGGAACCAACUUGUGUUUGAAAACAAAGACUUGAAUGGGAAUCGGAAUGUUUUGUCUCUCUAUCUGAAGAAAAUAUGCGCCUUCCUCAGUGAGAUUCUUCUGAAAUAGGUUGACAGCUAUUAGGCGAACCCCAUUUAAACUGGGGCGUAUUCAUUACGCCGAUUCUGUUGCAAAACUUUUCUUAAAAGUAAGCAAACGGAACGAAACGGGGAGGGACCUGCCUGAAUUUCUCCAAUAGAAACUCUGUUUGGACGAAUGAUUACAACCCAGGUAGCAGCAGAAUGGCUGAAAAAUACAGGCAGAGUCGCUAAUUGCACUAUUCAUUUUGACUCAAAGGAGUUAGACAAUACCAUACCGAUGGUUGGCAGUCAACCCUCCCUCCAUGUCUGCUCCAACGAUUUGUACAAUUACAUAGGCAAUUGAAGGCUGGCAAAUCAAGUAACGUGUGGUGCAUUUAACUCCUUUAUGGUGGGAUGUCAUCGACUUCUAUUGCGACAUAGUUAGUAAUCAUUGUGUUUGCUGAAGGCUGUUGACACUUCAGGGUGUUAUGAUGGGUGAAGUGACGGACGCCAGGGAAAUUAAAAACACCUUUAUUGUUCCCGCAAUAAAGUCUUCCGGUCACUAUGAUUGUUCUCGAGCAAAAAUCUACUGUAGCCUCACGUGGCUGGUGGCCAAAGCAUUUGGGACAGACAGUGUCCCGACCGACCUGAAGGAGCCCUUCUACACAGACCAGUAUGAACAGGAACAUCUGAAGCCUGCAGUAGUCAGCCUACUGCUGUCUGCUGAGCUCUACUGCAGAGCCGGGAGCCUCAUCCUGACAAGUGGAGGUCACGAUGCUGUCACCCAGCCCCUGGUUGGUCACGAUGCUGUCAUCCAGGCCCUGGCCCAGAAGGGACUCCACGUCACAGACCAGACAAGGCUGGUUACUGAGAGAGACCUCCGCAAGAGGCCCCUACAGAUGAGUGCCCACCUGGCGAUGAUGGACACGCUGAUGAUGGCAUACACGGUGGAGACGGUGAGCGCGGAGAAGGUGGUGGCGUGCAUCCUUCGGUACUCCUCCCACCACGAUGAAGAUGCAGACACACCGUACGACACCGAGGACGCCGUGACCAGCUGGAUCAACAAGGUAAAUGAGUAUUUGAAGGAUAUCAUUGGUCAGGAGCGGAGGAGAGAAAGGAAGAGAGCUGAGCUUGUUGGCAGGCCAGGGACUCGCUCCAGGAAGGAGCAGCAGACUGUUUCCCAGCAGGGGCCCUGGAUCCCCCCUGUCGAUAACCUGCUGAAGGACACCGUAGACGGCUGCGCCCUGGCCGCUCUGCUGCACUUCUACUGCCCACAGCUAGUCAGACUGGAAGAUAUCUGUCUGAAGGAGUGUAUGUCGCUGGCGGACAGCCUGUACAACCUACAGCUGGUGCAGGACUUCUGUCAGGAGCAUCUGAACCGUUGCUGCCACUUCAGCCUGGAGGACAUGGUGUACGUCUCCUCGUCCCUCAAAAAUAACUACCUUGUGUUCCUGGCCGAGCUGUUCUGUUGGUUUGAAGAGGUGAAACCCUCCUUUGUACAACCAAGAGUUCUGGAUACUGAAGAGCCAGCCCUCACAUCGUUGCGGAACAUUCCCUCAGUUCCCAUCUCCAAUGUCACCAAGAAGAGCUUCAUGGAGAGACCGCCCAGCCCAGAACCACCCAGUCUGCCUCUCCGGCCUCAACCUAGGAACUCGGGUGAAAUGAAGAGAUCGACCUCGAUGUCCUUUGUGGACGUAGGAACCAAGGAGAAAAGGUCUGGGCCUUACGGGGUAUCCUUCGACAUUCCUUUCGACAAAGAGGACACCCAGACGUCUGCUCCCCCUGGCCAUGCCAUGACUCGCUCUACCAGCACAGAGGGCUUCGGGAUCCACCAAAUGCCCCGUGGCAUGAAGAGGAUCCUGUCCUUCCAGCCCAUCAAUGGGCUGGGCGUUGAGGAGGAGGGCUGCCCGGACAGUCUAGCAGGCCCCGAUCUGCCAAGACAGCCUGGCAGACCUCAACCCAAUGGCUCCUCAGCCCUGGAUGGGCAUGGAAAAGGAGCAGCCAUGCCCAGCAUGGAGGAGGCCCUGCAGAUCAUCCACAACAUCGGGAGGAAGCCCCCACAAUGCUCCCUGACAGAGGGUAUCAACCAUGGCUUCUUCCUGCACAGUCAAAACCGAGGAAGAGGUGUAGUCGGCCUGCACCCCAAGGCCCAACAGGAGAACAUGGACCUGGACUCACUGAACACCACUAAAACCACAGAGGUGGACACAGACAUCCACUUGAGGACGGAGGACAUCGCCGAGAUGCUGGACGAGGACUCUUCGCUGGGGGAAGCUACGAGCAUAGAGCUGGACAUGGACGCACUCAGCCCCUGCCUCAGCAGCUCAAGCUACGGCAAAUCUCCCUCCACUAGCUCCGGCAUCAAGAUGACCAGCUUCGCAGAGCAGAAGUUCCGGAAGCUCAGCAAACCCGAAUCAGGGAGAAGAACGAGCAGCAGCAGCAGCGGGGGGGGCAGCUCCCUCAAGACCACCCCCGAGGGCUCAGAACUGGGCCUCGCCCUGUCCGUCUCCUGGGCACCCACCCCAGAGCACAGCCCCGUUCAUCAACAGAGCAUGCCCCUUACCCAAGCCCCUCCCACCUGGCCAGCCCUGGCCCCUCCACCUAGUGACCCGGCUCAGGCCAUGGCAACGGAGAUGGUUCAGCUGCACAUGUGCCUGGAGGAGAAGCGAAAAGCCAUUGAGACGCAGAAGAAGAAGGUGGAGGCAGCGUUUACGCUUCACCGCCAGAGGAUGGACCACUCCACUUUCCUGGACGUGGUCAAGAGGAAGGCCGACUGUGCCUCAGUAGGAGGAGGAGAGGAGGAAAUGGGGAAGAUGACUGCAGAGAAGGCCGAGCAGGGGCAGGCGCCCUUCGGGGUCUGCUGGCUGAAAUCCCCAGGAAGAAGCACGGGAGAAGAGGGAGGUCAAGGUCCCAGCGAGGUGGAUCUAGCGAACUACACACGCUCCAUGGAGAAGCUCAACCACUCACUGGGCUUCCUGCAGAUGGAGAUGCAGCGCCUGGCCCAGCAGCAAGAGGUCAUCAUGGCCAUGAGGGAACAACUGCAACAACAGGCCUGGGUCAUUCCCCCUCCCGAGACCCAGCCCUCACCCCAGAAAUAUGCUCGCGCCUCUGUCCGCUCCUCCAACUCGCCCUCCCCGACAGACUCACCUCGCUCCGCCCACCGCUCGCUCACCAGCAUCAAGAGGAAGUCGGCCUCCGUCCACUCACGGAACCCCCGCACGCCUCGCCCCAGCGAGCUUAAGCUGGCCCCCUAUAACCGCUGCCUGACGGCGCCCCAGUCCGUGGACAGCCUCCCCCGCCUGCGCCGUUUCUCCCCAUGGCAGGCCAUGGCCUUCACCUACAUGGGGGACAAACCCACCGGUGAAACCCCUGAGAUCGGCGACGGGGACACUGAGCAUGUGCUGUCCCCAGAGAGAGAGGCUGUUAGUGCAUCGUCACCCUCCUCCCCAUCCAAAAACAACCAGAGAACACAACAAGGGACACUAGAGAUUUCCAAGAAGGAUGAUGCGGAGGAGAAGGAAAUGGAGGAGGAGAAGCACAAGUACAAAAUGGAGGAGAUUAAACCCAUAAUAAUGUCGACCGUAUCUGAAGUGCUGGCCCAGCCAGUGAAAGAGUCCUUUACGGUCACCCCCACAGAGACCCCCCUUAUCUCGGACAUGUUCGGCCAGGCCAGAAGUAACCUGAUUGAGGUGCCUCUGUACGUGCUCAAGCCCCUGGAGGGAGAGGGUAUGGAGGAGAGUGAAGGCAUGCAGGGGACCUAUGGCGAUAACGAGAAAAUGUCCUGUGGCUUUUUCUUUAAGGGUGAUGGGAACGGGGAAGACAGCAUGGCUCAGAAGAGAGCUGCUCUCCUGGAGAAGAGGCUGAAGAGGGACAAGGAAACGCAGCAGAAGAGGCUGCAGCAGGAGGCGGAGCUAGAGCGGAAGAAGGAGGAGUCACGAGUGAAAGCGGAGGAAGAGCACGCCAGGAAGGAAGAUGAGAAAACUCGCCGGGAGUUAAUCAAGCAGGAGUACCUGAGGAGGAAGCAGCUCAAGCUCAUGGAGGACAUGGACACGGUGAAGAAGCCGCAGCGGCCGCCCGGCGCCAAGCAUAGGAGAGCCCGGCCCAGGUCCAUCCACCGGGACAGCAUGGACUCCUCCAGAUCCCCGGCCAGGGCAGCAGUGCCCAGCUUGUCUCUGGCCUCUCUCAACCUGGGGGACAGCUUGUCUCUGGCCUCUCUCAACCUGGGGGACAGCGACACUGUGCAAUCUGAGAAGAGAACCCCAAGAAGUGCCAGCUUACACUCUGGCAGUCUGUGCUUCUUACUGAGCUCUCCUAAACUGAGAAGGAGAAGGCCUGACUCUGCAGAUGGUUUUCUGUCCCCUUGUCGAUCUGGGAGCCGGACUGGGGAGGACGAUUGGGAGAAUGGCUCCACUGCCUCAUCUGUGAAGUCUAACACCGAGUACACCGGGCCCAAACUGUACAAGGAGCCGAGUGCCAAAUCGAACAAGCAUAUAAUCCAGAACGCGCUAGCCCACUGCUGCCUGGCGGGCAAGGUCAACGAAGGUCAGAAGAACAAGAUUGUGGAGGAAAUGGAGAAAUCAGAAGCCAACAACUUCCUGGUGUUGUUCAGGGACGGGGGUUGCCAGUUCCGCUCCCUGUACGUAUACAGCCCCGAAACGGACGAGGCCACCAAGUUGACGGGCAUCGGGCCCAAGAGUAUUAUGAGCAAGAUGAUCGAGGGCCUCUACAAGUACAAUUCGGACAGGAAGCAGUUCAGCCAGAUUCCCGCCAAGACCAUGUCGGCGAGUGUGGAUGCCAUCACGAUCCACGGCCACCUAUGGCAAACCAGGAAACCAGCCACCCCCAAAAAAGUGUUACCUGCCAAGUCCUAACUCCCAGCCACCCCCGCCAUUUCCAUUCAAAUUGAACGGUCCACAUUCAAUUUGCACUUCACUGUACAUUUCCAUGAGGAUUCAGCACCUGCAAUGCCAGUUAGACGAACGCAUACUUCUUGUACUUUAUUAUCUCUCUCUCUUUCUCUCUCUCUUUCUCUCUCUCUUUCUCUCUCUCUUUCUCUCUCUCUUUCUCUCUCUCUUUCUCUCUCUCUUUCUCUAUUCCUGUCCAUUUUCCUUUUGAAAUUCCAAACUGGAGACGGGGACUCGACUCAGUUAAAGAAAUGCACAACUGGAAUGUGAAAACACUAUUUAAUAUGUGUAAAUGAAUGUCACUGAUCUGUUUAGUGUAAGAGAUUUGUCUGAUUUCGAGUAAUUUUAUUACAGCACACGUGUGUGUGUGUUUUUUUUUUUUUUCCCGCCCAAGUAGAGACAAAAAGGAGACGACGGGUACCUACGAUGUUUUAUCUGGGACACUGAAGCACUGAAUGUUACUCAUCUGUUCAAAUGGUGUGGCCUUACGCUUGUUUUCUUUCUUUUAUGUCAGUGCAAUAAGCUGAUGGAAAAAAAUCCUCUAAGGUGUAGUUUUACUAUGUUUUCGGGUUCAAAUGCAACAUACGUCUGCAUAAAGCUAUACACAAGAUAGAGGGCAAAAAAAGUCAAAUAACUCGCAGCAAGCAUACAGCUAGCGUUAUCCUCACAAAUCAUCUACAAGUCCCAUAUAGUAUUCCACAACUACGCCAAGUCUAUUUAUAUCUAUGUUUUUUUAGCUCAUUCCUCCUCUUAUAGUGUUAAACCAGACUGAACUUCCUUAAUGCUUGUGGGUUCAGAGCAGGUUUGUGAACCAAAAAUAAACUCAAAUCUAUGUUAUCUCCUUUCAAUUGUCACAAAAAUGGACCCAGAUUUGGUGAAUUAUCAGAUAGGUCUGUCCGUAAUGAUUUAGACCAUUUGAAAAUGCGUUUUAGAUUUAGUAUUACAAAUUGUGGCCAUAAAUCCAUUAUAUAGAACAUUGUUUUAAAGGAUUGCGAUUCAGAUUGUGUACUUUGAAAAUGGAAUGGCUGAUAAACAGUAGUUAUUGUUAAUUCUGUUUCAGUUGAUUAGUCGACCUCAAACGUUUUCAGAAUCCUCUCCUUUUAAAAUUCUCAAUGUCAAAUGACUUAUAACACCAGGCUACGGUGUCCUUCGGAUACUGCUUGGCACCACGCUACCGUGACAUUAGGAUACUGCUUGACACCAGGCUACAGUGACAUUAGGAUACUGCUGGGCACCACGCUACCGUGACAUUAGGAUACUGCUUGACACCAGGCUACGGUGACAUUAGGAUACUGCUUGACACCAGGCUACGUUGACAUUAGGAUACUGCUUGACACCAGGCUACGGUGACCUUCGGAUACUGCUUGACACCAGGCUAUGGUGACCUUCAGAUACUGCUUGACACCAGGCUACGAUGACAUUAGGAUACUGCUGACACCAGGCUACAGUGACAUUAGGAUACUGCUUGACACCAGGCUACAGUGACAUUAGGAUACUGCUUGACACCAGGCUACAGUGACAUUAGGAUACUGCUUGGCACCAGGCUACGGUGACCUUAGGAUACUGCUUGACACCAGGCUACAGUGACAUUAGGAUACUGCUUGACACCAGGCUACGAUGACAUUAGGAUACUGCUUGGCACCAGGCUACGAUGACAUUAGGAUACUGCUUGGCACCAGGCUACGAUGACAUUAGGAUACUGCUUGGCACCAGGCUACGGUGACAUUAGGAUACUGCUUGACACCAGGCUAUGGUGACAUUAGGAUACUGCUUGACACCAGGCUACGGUGACAUUAGGAUACUGCUUGACACCAGGCUACGGUGACAUUAGGAUACUGCUUGACACCAGGCUAUGGUGACAUUAGGAUACUGCUUGGCACCAGGCUACGGUGACAUUAGGAUACUGCUUGGCACCAGGCUACAGUGACAUUAGGAUACUGCUUGACACCAGGCUAUGGUGACAUUAGGAUACUGCUUGGCACCAGGCUACGGUGACAUUAGGAUACUGCUUGGCACCAGGCUAUGGUGACAUUAGGAUAUGGCUUAUUUAUUAUUUUGCACAUUCAUCAUGAAUAGAAAAAUCCAAAUAUGUCCUUUUCAUUUUAAGUCAAUUAAAAUGUGCGGUAGAUGCCACACUUCUUCUAUUCGAUAAACAUACUCUGGUAAGAUAAAGUACUUUUUUAGAGACCCGUGAAGGCAGAAUGUGACAGACUUUGUUAGUACCUACAGGUAGAGUCUUCAACACUUUCCCCUUCGUCUUUAAAACCUCUCGAAAGGAGCAACUUAUGAAGGUUGGGGAAGAAAAUAUCUGAUGACAAAUACUAUACACACACACACACAUUGGUGUUUUGGUUUUUCACAGGGAUAUAUUUAAGGAAUUACCAAAAGACGAGUUGCAUAUGUCUCUGGAAAUGUAACGAUUAUUAUCACGUUUUUCUGAAGUUCCAGGAAUUUUGUAGAAAGGGAUGUUACAGUUGUCACAGUUGUUGUAUUUGACUGUUUAAGGUCAAGAUGAAUGGCUAUUUAAUUGUUUAAAUGGGUAAAAGUGGACAUUGUGCAGGGCUGCCUUAAGUUCAUCUGUCCAUCCCUCCUGACAAAGAACUGCUUCCAUUUUGUUUAUCAGACGCCGGGCUGUCAUUCAACCUACCGCUGAACUUUGUAGGUGGCGUUUGUUUCUCUUUUGCAUUGAAUAAAAUGAAGCGUGUCCUCAAA